CGCGUUAGGCAGGGCAAUUUUACGGCAGAGAGCUUUAUCGCUUCCGGUGGGCGCACUCAGAAGCUUGGGGCUGUUUUCGUUCUCGCUAGUUCGGAGACGUGACGGCUGCCGCUUUGCGAUGCCAAGCAAUCCAUUGUGACAGUUCUCUCCGUCCCCCGCUCUCCGUCUCCCUCCCCGCCCGGGCCGAGCGGGCCCUCCCCGGCCUGUCGGGAUGGAGGAGGAGAGCAUGGAGGAGGAGGGCGGCGGCGGCGGCGGCAGCAUCAGUAGCAGCAGCAGCAGCUACGAGGCCUUAAUGGACGACCAAAACCACAACAACUGGGAAGCGGCGGAAGCAGCGGGAGGGGGAAGGGGCAGUUACGGCCACCAACCGCUGCGGCCUUCCUCGCCCUCCGCGGUGGAGUCCCGCGGCGAAUGCGCUCACGGCGGGGCCCUGGACCCGCAGGAGGACUUCGAGAUGCAGAUGUUGUCCGAGCCUGCCUUUGGCCAAGGGAGGGGCUGCGAGAGGGCGCCGGGGAAAGGAGACGCCGCCGCCACCGUCGGGAUCAACAUCAACAUCAACCCCUCCGCCUCCAAGUUCUUAAUGAAUGUUAUAACAAUAGAAGAUUAUAGGAGCACAUAUUGGCCAAAGUUGGAUAGUGCCAUAGAUCAACUUUUAACUCAGAGUCCUGGUGACUACAUCCCCAUCUCCUAUGAGCAAAUAUACAGUUGUGUGUAUAAAUGUGUGUGCCAGCAACAUUCGGAACAGAUGUAUAGUGACCUAAUAAAAAAGAUAACUAACCACUUAGAGAGAGUCUCAAAGGAGCUGCAGGCCAGCCCUCCAGAUCUCUACGUUGAAAGGUUUAACAUAGCACUUGGGCAGUAUAUGGGAGCAUUACAGAGCAUUGUGCCUCUUUUCAUAUAUAUGAAUAAAUUUUACAUAGAAACGAAGCUUAACCGUGACUUAAGAAAUGACCUUAUAAAACUGUUUACGGAACAUGUUGCAGAAAAGCACAUUUACAGCCUGAUGCCUUUACUCCUAGAAGCUCAGUCCACGCCUUUUUGGAUAAGCCCUUCCACUAUGGCAAACAUUGUGAAAGGAUUAUAUAUGCUUAGGCCAGAAUGGGUUCAGAUGGCACCAGCUUUAUUUUCUAAAUUUAUUCCAAACAUCCUUCCUCCUGCAGUAGAAUCUGAACUUGAAGAAUAUGCUGCUCAAGACCAGAAACUUCAACAAGAACUUAUUCAGGAAGGAUUUUCCAGGGGUGAUCAGUCACGUAAGAGACCUGGAGAAGAAUUAACCUACAAUGGCUCAACAUCCUGUGCAAAUUUAAGGGGAUGCAGAUAGUGACUGUACUAGAAGUCUUUUAUUCCCAAUCAUAGUGGACACUGGAGCAGCAUUGGAGGGGGAGGUAUCCAGAGGCUCAGUUGGGAUCUACUGAUGCUCAGGUUCUUUGAUGCAAACUACACCUAGAAGAGGAGUGUGGACUUAUAUCUUGCCAUGUAAUAAAAUUUCUGUUGCUGCUAAUUUGGGGCUAACUUGGAACAAUGUGACUGGUCUUGACAAGUGGUUGUUUAUUUUUUUGCAAUACUGCCUGGAAAUAACCUUCACUGCUUAAUAGAACUUAGUAACCAAAAAGAACAGCUUCCUUUGAAAGAAACAUUUGCACUUUUUUUGUGGACAUUGCUGUUAAAAUUUGUGCCCAUUAUGUUUUGUCUGGAGCUUUGUCUUAAAAACAAACUUUGCACAUGCAGAUGGUGUUUCUUUUUCUGCACAAGGGUUGCCUCUAACAGUUGGUUUCAUGCAGUUGACACUCUACAUUCCAGACAUCAUUUCUUCAUUUAGACCCCUCACCCAAGUCCCCGUUAUUUUUACUGGGGUUUUUGCCAUUUCUUCUCUCUGCCCUCAUCUUGUCUUUAGCAUAUGACAUUUGCAAUGUCACAACAUAAAAUAUUUCUCUUUAAGCUGUGAUUUGAUUAAACACCCUGCACAGACUUUUCUGCAGUCCUUGGUUUUCCUUAAGAAAAGAAACUGGAUACUU